UCCUGCUGCAUGCGAUGAAGGUCACUCCAUUGCGGAGCAUGGAAGAUUUCAUCCGCCCACCCAACUUUUUCCAUGUGGUGCAUGCCGUCAGGAGCCUGGCUGGCUACGAUGACAAGACCAACACAUAUAGGGUCCCCUCGCUGGCCCUGAAGGUGGGCCACAGCUUGCAAAAGAUUUCCGCCAUGGUUGAGUGCCAGGCGCUGAUGGAGGGCAGUGCCCUGACAGUGGAGAGCGCACGGAGCUUCAGGAAACUGUACGAGGCGAGGUGGAGUGAGCUCAUCUCAACUGCUGCCCUGAAGACCCUACGAGAGAUAAAAUGGAAUGCCCCACUCCUCCUACCCUUCACUGACGACGUGAAGCGAUUGAACCUGUACCUCCUUGACCGGCAGCGGGAGUACUUGGAUGGGUUAUCUGCCCACCCUUCUCCAAAGCAGUGGUCAAUGCUGGCCAAGGUCACCCUCACACAGUUGAUCCUCUUCAACCGCAGGAGGGAAGGUGAGGUGUCCAAGAUGCGGCUAUCCUCAUUUGAAUCACGGCACACAGCUGACCUGCAGGGUGACGUGGCCCAGGCCCUCUCGGAGAUGGAGAAGGCUCUCUGUCACCACUUCACCCGUAUUGAGAUACCUGGUAAAAGAGGCAGGAAGGUUCCCAUCCUGUUAUCCCCAUGCAUGCAGAAAGCCAUGGAGAUCCUGACCGAGAAGAGGGCAGAGUGUGGUGUCACCCCUGAAAAUUUCUACAUGUUUGCCAGGCCAGCCGCCUUAUCACACUUCAGGGGAUCCGACUGCAUUCGUCUCUAUGCCCGGGAGUGUGGGGCCAAGCAUCCCGAAGCACUGUCCUCCACCCGCCUCCGGAAGCAUGUAGCCACCCUUUCCAGGGUCCUCAACCUAAGCGACACCGAGAUGGACCAGCUAGCCGAUUUCCUCGGACAUGACAUACGGGUGCAUAGACAGUAUUAUCGUCUUCCAGAAGGUACCCUGCAGCUGGCCAAGUUAAGCAAGCUCUUUGUGGCCCUGGAGCAAGGGAGAAUGGCUGAGUUCAGGGGCCGCAGUCUGGAGGAGAUCUCCAUUGAUCCAGAUGGUAAGUAUCACUGGACAAGUGUCUCCAGGGACUGACACUGUAAGUGGGCUGGUGUGACGGGGUUUACUGUCUUUCUCUAUUUCCAGAACCAAUCCAGGUGGCAAGUGAUGACUCUGGGGAUGAGCCAGAGAGGCAAGCCAGUGAGGUGACAGUGGUGCACACCGAGAAAGAAGCAAACAGUGUGGCAGUGGAGGGAGCCAUUCCUAAAGGUGACAGCAGAGGUGCUAAGAGAAAACCAUGGACCCCAGCGGAAGUCAGAGCCGUUGAAAGACACAUGAUGCGGUUCAUCCACUCCUGCAAGGUUCCGGGCAAGAAGGAUUGUGAUGCGUGCCUACGGGCUGAAACCCAAGCACUGAAGGCUCGGAACUGGCUUUCAAUUAAAUUCUACAUAAAGAACAGAAUAACUGCGAUAAAGAGAAAGAACAUGAACUAAAUAAAUAAUAAAUAAGUAAACAAACACAU